AUGGUGCCGGAGAAACUUGGUUCCUUUCUCCACCACUGCGCCAAAACAAAGUCCUUCCGGCUUGGGAUUUCCCUACACGCUGCCGCAAUCAAAACAGGAACGCUGGCAGAAGUCUUUACCGGAAACCAUGUUCUCAACUUUUAUGCGAAAUGUGGCUGCAUUGAUGCCGCCCGCCACCUGUUUGACGAAAUGCCGCACAGAAAUUUGGUCACAUGGUCUGCUAUGAUAUCGGGUUACGGCCAGUCGAAAAGACCCCGUUUAGGACUUCAACUUUUCAGUCGAAUGCAGACGUAUUUUAAGCCAAACGAACACGUCUUUGCUAGUGUUCUUAGUUCUUGCUCCGAAAUUACGGACUUGUAUCUCGGGCGGCAAAUUCACGCUCAGGCAUUAAAACUGAGACAUGCUUGUGUUAUCUUCGUUCUUAAUUCACUAAUUUUGAUGUACAUGAAAUGUGGUAUGUGCACCGAUGCCUUAUCGAUGUUUACUGAUAGUAAGUCAGAUUCUUUAACAUUGGUUUCGUACAAUAUAGCAAUUACCGGGCUGGUAGAAAAUAAACGGCAAGAAAAGGGGAUUGAAUUAUUCCGAAGUAUGUCUCGACUGGGUCUUGUUCCUGACCGGUUUACUUUUGCGGGAUUAUUAGGGCCCGGUCAACCCAUUUAUGAUCUAUCGGUAGUCAUGCAAUUGCACGGUCAAAUGCUAAAGCUUGGGCUCGAUUACAUCGCAUUUUCCGGAAAUAUCUUGAUUGCAUUAUACUCGAGUUAUAAUCUGAUAGACGAACCCGAAAAGGUUUUCAGGUCUAUCGAAAAAAAAGAUGCUAUUUCGUGGAAUACAGCUAUUGCUGCUUUCUGUCACUGUGAAGAUAACUCAAAGGCUUUGGAUAUUUUCCGAGAGAUGGUGAAUGACCAUAAUGUGGGUCCCGAUGAUUUCACGUAUGCAAGUGUGCUCUCUGCAGCUGCUCGAACGGGCUCAAUGAGAAACGGGAAGGAAAUUCACGCCCGUCUAAUUAGGACAAGGCGAGAUUACGAUGUUGGUGUCGGAAACUCACUUGUCAACAUGUACGCUAAAAACGGAUCCAUUACUUCGAGUUACGCUAUUUUUCAGCAAAUGGAGAUUCGUAAUAUUUUUUCGUGGAACAGCAUCAUCGCUGCCUUUGCAAAUCACGGUCUUGCCGAGAAAGCUAUUGCAUUGUUCGAGGAAAUGACGAAAACAGGCCUGCAGCCAGAUUCGGUUACGUUUCUCGAACUUCUAACGGCCUGCAAUCAUUCGGGCCUGUUGGAUGCAGGCCGGGCCCUUUUCAACUCCAUGAGUGAAAAUUACGGAAUUACCCCUGCUGCGAACCAUUUGUGCUGCCUAGUUGAUUUACUAGGAAGAGCCGGGAGGUUAACCGAGGCUAACGAAUACGCAAGUAAAUAUUCUGUAAUAAACGAUGCAGUUGUUUUGGGGUCGUUACUUUCUUCGUGCAGAUUGCAUGGAGGGUUUCUAGCUGGAGAAGAGAUAGCUAAGAAGCUUCUAGAACUUGGUCAUGUUACGAAGUGUUCGCCUUAUGUUCUGCUUUCGAACUUGUACGCAAUGAAUAGAAAGUGGGAUUGUGUUGACCGGACGAGGAACUUGAUUCGAGUUGGUGGACUGGAGAAGGAGCCUGCGUGUAGUUUGAUCGAAGUAAAUCGAUCGAUUAAAAAGUUUUAA